UCACGUGUUUACUCAUUUCGUGACAUUACUGUGGAUCCGCGAUUCGCAAAUAGACUGUCUUUUUGUGUACAUACAGACAUACUUACCCCCGUAUAAAUACGUAAGUAUUACAACAAUACAGACCUUUAUACAGCCGAGUGGAAGAGUGGAGACUGGAGAUCCAGAGGAAAACCCUCGCGUGCAAAACAUCUGAACGUCCUGUGUGUGAUAUACGCACCGGCGCUAGGAUAUUCCUAUCAGUAUAUACAGGCAGUAACAAGACAAGAUACAAGUCAGGAAUUCACGAUGAGCGAGGAAAAGCAGCAGUCAAGUGAGAUGGAGGUGGACGAGAACAACGCCGGGGCGUCAGUGUCUAGUGGAAGCGCCGGUGCACCAACCGACGCUCAGGAGGCAACGAUGGAAGUCGCCCCGGCUGAGGUGGUCAUACCCGCCGCAGCCGCUGGUCCCAGUAAUGUCAACGCUGCCCGCGUCAUGGCUUCCUCCGGCACCGUCGGUUCUGUCUCCAUCAGUCUCCAUCCACUGGUCAUUAUGAAUGUCAGCGAGCACUGGACUAGACUUAGGGCCCAGGAAGGCAGCGAUCAGCUCGUGUAUGGAGCUCUGAUCGGCAAGCAGAAAGGACGCAACAUCGAGAUCAUGAAUUCGUUCGAACUGCUGUUCACCUGCAUAGGAGACGAUGUCAUAAUCGAUAGAGACUAUUACAAUACUAAAGAGGAGCAGUUUAAGCAAGUAUUCAGCGAGAUGGAUUUUCUUGGCUGGUAUACCACUGGUAAUAUGCCAACUGAGAGAGACAUCAAGGUUCACAAACAGAUUUGUGAGAUCAAUGAGAGUCCAGUCAUGUUGAAGCUUGAUCCGCGGCCUAAGAGUACUGAUCAAUUGCCAGUAUCCAUAUAUGAAUCAGUCAUAGAUUUAGUUAAUGGGGAAGCUACAAUGCUGUUUGUUCCAUUAACUUAUACAUUAGCUACAGAAGAGGCUGAGAGAAUCGGUGUUGAUCAUGUUGCUAGGAUGUGCACCAAUGAUCAGGGAGAAAGUUCUUUAGUUGCCGAACACUUGAUAGCGCAACAUAGUGCUAUCAAAAUGCUGCACUCCAGGGUAAAACUAGUUCUGAGGUAUGUCCAAGCGGUACAAAGUGGAGAACUGAAAGGAAAUCAGGAGGUCUUAAGAGCUGCAUGUUCCUUAAGUCAUCGCUUACCAGUACUAAACAAUCCAAAGUUCAAGGCUGACUUUUACAAUCAAUGCAACGAUUUUGGCCUUAUGACAUAUCUUGGCAUUAUAACCAAAGGCUGCAACGACACAAAUCAAUUUGUACACAAAUUUAACAUUUUGUAUGACAGACAGAUCGUUGCACGUCGUGUGCGGAGUCUCUUUUUCUGAUAGAUCAAUAUAGUAUUUAGUUUUAUUUUUUUCAAAC